AUGGCCCACUCUCACUCCCACGAUGGUAGCAUCGGCCACUCGCAUGAUGAUCCCUUCAACGGCCACGGCCACUCUCACGAGAUUCUCGACGGCCCGGGUUCAUAUGUCAACCGCGAGAUGCCGCUGAUUGAGGGGCGCGACUGGAAAGAUCGUGCUUUCACUAUCGGUAUUGGAGGGCCUGUUGGAUCUGGCAAGACUGCCCUGAUGCUGGCUUUGUGCCAUGCUCUGCGCGAUGAAUAUAACAUCGCCGCUGUGACCAACGAUAUCUUCACCAGAGAAGACGCCGAAUUCCUCACCCGCCACAAAGCCCUCGCCCCGUCUCGCAUCCGCGCCAUCGAAACAGGCGGCUGCCCCCACGCCGCCGUCCGCGAAGACAUCAGCGCCAACCUUCUCGCCCUGCAAACCCUCCAACGCCAGUUCAAGACCGACCUCCUGCUCAUCGAGUCCGGCGGCGAUAACCUCGCUGCCAACUACUCGCGCGAGCUCGCCGACUUCAUCAUCUACGUGAUUGACGUUGCGGGUGGCGACAAGGUGCCCCGGAAGGGAGGUCCGGGUAUUACGGGGUCGGAUCUGUUGGUGGUCAACAAGAUUGAUCUUGCGGAGGCGGUGGGUGCGGAUUUGGGGGUUAUGGAGAGGGAUGCGGCGAAGAUGAGGGAAGGGGGUCCGACUGUUUUUGCGGUUGUGAAGCAUGGGAAGGGGAUGGAGCAUAUUGUUAAUUUGAUUCUUAGUGCGUGGAAGGGCAGUGGGGCUUAUGAGGAGAGUCUGAAGAGGUGGAAGGAGGGCGCACCGAAGAACUCGGGCAGUGUGGAUGAGUAG